CUCACUGACCCACCCCUAAUCCCAGCGUGGACUCCCCACCGCUACUCCACUAGCCCCUCCCUGACCCCGCAGCGGACCCCCAACCCGCCUUCUCUGACCCCCCAAUCCGGCGGGGGACCGGCCUCCCCGGCCACACUGAGCCCCCACGUUCUCCCGCUGAUCCCCCAGACCUGCAGUAGACCCCCACCCCAGCCCCCGGGUCCCCCCGAACCUGCCGCGGUCCCCUCUCUGACCCUCCAUUCUGUGCCCCCGCUGCUCCUCCAAGGGACCCCUCAGCCGACCCCUGCCGGGCAGCACAGACUCCCUGUGGAGGGGCCGGUGGGGCGGGGUCCACUCCGGCUUCCUUAUCCUCUCGGGUCUGGGCCCCGCCUUGGGGUGCAGCCUGGCCCGGGCCGAGGUGAGCGUCACAGUUGGCCGGGGUGCUCAGAAUGGGAGGAGGGAGGCCGGAAGAGCCCCCCUCCGCCCCCGCCGACCCCUCACUCAUUCCUCCGAUGUGAUGUUCCGAACCUUCUGUACACCAGGCCAGUCGGGGUCCCGGGAAACCACAAGAAGAGGUGUCCGCCCUUAGACUGGACAAGUGUUGACUGAGAGCGGAUGCCCAGACAGAGGUUGGGUGGCCUCUGGGACCCGGAGGGCAGAGAUUUGGAGUCUGGCAAGGAUGGAGGGCCGCAAAGCUCGGGGAGUCCCCAUGGGGCAGUCUUGAGAGCAAGGCAACCAGAGGCCACUCGCAGGGAGAGAGGGCCGGAGGCUGUGUGCAGAGGCUUGGGCACCAUGUUACGAACGGUGGUGUUUGGCCUCCGGCUGCCUAACAGUAUCUGACCAGUGGCUUGUAGAUGGCCCACCACCUGCCUCUGGGACCCAGCUACCUGUGAGGGCAGGUGGCCUUGGGAACCUGCACCACCCAGCCCUUGUCCUUUCUCCAGAGCCCCAGAGGUACAGACCAAUAGCCUGCUAGGGCUGGAAAUGGAUGACAGGAAGCAGUUGCCGAAGGGUCCCCUGGGGAAGAAGCCAGAGGCACUGUGCCCCCCAGAGUACAGGCAGCCGUCGACCCAGGGGGGCCCGGCAGCCACCUGGAGCCAACCCAGAGUGCAGAGCAGCACCCAGGAGGGACUGCAGACUCAGGACUGGGUGAGCGAGCAACCAGAGCUCCGGCACCCCAGCCGCCACUGGACCCUCAGCAUUGAUGAGCGCAGGAGGCUGGCCCUCCUGGGCAGCCUGGAGAGGCCAGGCGCAGUGACCGACGCCUACUACAGGGGGAUCACGCAGAUCGUGUCCCAGCUGGUGUCCGAGGAUGUGGCCAAGGACGUGCUCAUCCCUUUACCGCCGAGGUCCGCAGAGUCCGCCGGCGCCUUCCAUGCCUUCCUUUCCCGAAGCGCACCUUUCUAG